AUGGAUGCAAGGUUAGUGGUAAGAAGAUGUGACAUUGUAACCGGACUGAAAAGUCCGAUCGCCCAGGUUCCUGGUCAGCACAUAAUACAAAAAGAAACCUGGCAAGGCAGGGUUGUUUACAACCAGAGUCAAAAGGGUGUCCUCCAAAAGCGGUUUGAACACAACCCUUACCCUGAUCAAGCUACCAGAGAACUAUUAGCCAAAGAAAUUGGCAUUGCAAAGUCUAAAAUUCAGAUUUGGCUUAAAAACCACAGAGCAAAAGAAAGACAACGCUCCGGAUGCUCUUUAGAAGAUCAAACCCAGGGACAGGACCAGCCUCAGCCAUGGACUAAAGAAUACUUACCAAAAGAAGCCAGACAAGACCAGACAUCCAUCACAAGAUCUCAAUCAAACAUCCUAGUUCGAGCCUUUGAGAGGAACCAAUUCCCUGACAUUCCAACUAGGAAAAAACUGGCUAAACAAACAGGCAUUCGGGAAUCAAGAAUUCAAAUGUGGUUUCAGAACCGAAGAUCUGUGUACCCUGGGCAGAGCAGAAGUGAGCCCGUGAUUUUCUUGGUAGAUGGACCAAAUGGGAGACCAGAUCUGACAGUUCAGCAGCACCAAAUCGACCUUCCAGGCAGGUCUUGUCCUUUUCCUUCCUCCAAUUCUUUCAGCGGGAACCAAACAUUUCUACCUACUCUUCUCCAAUCCCGUGUGUCCUUUGUCCCUGGGGUGAUCCAAGGACAAAGUGUCAUGAUGACGCAGCCCAUGCAGGCUGUGCAGGGAGGAGAGAAUGGUCCCUCUACUUUGACACUUAGAAAUUAUGUGCCAAUACCACCAACUCCGGGAGGAGACCUCUUGGAUACCCGGAAUCCUUUCUGGCCCCAAUACCAAGAAAAAUGUCAGGAUCAUCAAGAACAGACUGACACGGGAGUACUACGGUUGAAGGACUAUUCUCAGCCUCAUCCUGAGCACAAAACACAACCACCACAGGAUCUGGGUCAGGUGAACAUAUCUUACAUUAUGCAAUGGUGGGAUGAGGGCUACCAGGCUCUGCUUGCAGAAUGGGAUCCUCGAAAAGGGACAGACUGA